AUGGCCUCCAAUGACACACAGAUUAUCGGUUAUGCUCAACCGUGGAUUGUUUCCCCCGGGCAGGAGGUGGACAUCAAAAUUUCGAGCACCGAGAAAGAAUAUCAGCAUCGCCUAGUGCGUCUUCUCCAGGGAUAUAGCGGUCCCCAUGCUCCGCCCGUAGCGACGGAGGAAAUUACUGAGGUCCCAACGGGCAAUCGCGAAGAUGGUUGCUUCCAAGACGCUUCUCCAGGGUCUUAUGCUCUGGUUCGAUCAUGGGAGGAUGUGACGUGCACGGCUGAAGAAGGCCUCGAAAUAGAAUUCUAUGCACAACCCUACCUGCUUGUCGACGACGCCCAAUGUCAAACCCUACUGUCUUGUCUCGAUGUCCAUUCUCGAACUGGAUUUGCAGUCGGUUUGAGAAAUUCAUCGCUUGAGUUUGUGAUCGGAAUCGGGGAUAAUGUGGAAGUGAUCCGGAGCCAGCUUGUUCUGAACCGCUGGCGGUGGCUCCGUGUCACUAUGAGCCUCGUCAACAAAAGGUUCACUGCGAGCAUCCAACAGCUAGUUCGUCUCGCCGAAAAGGCCCCCAAGGGAGAAACGAUGACCAAGGAUCUGUUAGCACCUAUGGUGCUGGGGUCGAAUGCCUUACUGUUUGGUGCCGGAAUGUUCGACAGUGCCGGCCAAGAGAGUGCCAAACCAUCGUGCUUUUACAAUGGCCGGCUCGACUCACCCCUCUUUGCGACUUCAGGCGUGUCACGACAGGUCGUCUUGCAGUACGACUUCUCCAAAGGCAUCAGCACCGAUGCUAUCGAAGAUAUCUCUGGGAAUGGCCGAAACGGAGCAUUGGUUAAUGCACCAACACGAGCAGUAAAGGGAUACAACUGGGAUGGCUCUCAGCCAGACUGGACAAAAGCGUCAUACGGGUAUGGUGCAAUCCAUUUCCACGAGGAUGAUCUGGAUGAUGCCAAGUGGACGACAAAUUUUUCUCUCACAAUCCCAUCGUCGGCACGGUCAGGCGCAUACGCCGUUGAAGUCAAGUGCUCGGACGGCACGACCGAUAUGAUCACGUUUUUCGUCCGCCCUAAUCCCAGGUCAACGGCUCAGGUUGGGCUGGUGAUGACGACUUUUACAUACCUCGCCUAUGCUAAUGAGCGGAUGUUUGAUCAGAGCAGAUCGUCCGCGAUGACCACGCCGGAUGGAGUCAGCGUUGGGGUCGGCAACCAGUAUUUUGAGAGCUUAGACCGACGACUGGAUUUGGGCCUCUCGGCCUACGACGUCCACCGAGAUGGAUCUCCUUGUGCAUUUUCUAGCGCUCUUCGACCAAUUCUUAACCUCCGCCCUGGAUAUGUGCACUGGGCGCUAGGCCGGCCUCGUGAGUUCAGCGCCGAUCUCAUGAUGGUCAACUUCCUGGAACGUUCUGGGAUCCCCUACGACGUGAUCACCGAUCACUGUUUGAAUGACAUGGAUCAAAACGCCACCUCUCAAUAUGCGACACUUAUUACAGGCUGCCACCCGGAAUACCACUCUCUCCAGACUCUGGACGCUUUUACCACAUUUUCCAAAUCUGGCGGCAAUAUGAUGUAUCUGGGUGGCAAUGGGUUCUACUGGGUCGCCGAUGUGGAUCUUGCACGCCCUCACCGUCUUGAGGUGCGCAAGGGCGACCAAGGAUGUCGUUCCGUGACAUUUCCUGGGGGGGAACGCGUGCAUAGUCUCACCGGAACCCAGGGAGGACUCUGGAGGAGUCGCGGCCGUGCUCCAAACUACCUCUGGGGCGUUGGCCCAUGCGCCUUUGGCACUGGGCCCGGAAAACCGUACAAGGCUAAUGAGCGACAUGCGCGGGAUCCUGAACUGGCCUGGAUAUUUAAAGGAUUCGAUCCAGGUGAGCUCAUCGGCGAACAAGGGUUUGGUGGCGGCGCCAGUGGUGAUGAGAUCGACCGGCUGGACAUUGCACUGGGGACGCCAACCAAUGCAAUCCUGUUGGCAACAAGUCUGCAGCAUGAUGACACCUUUGGGCUAUUCAACGAGGACUCGAUGUUCCCCAUGGUGAACACAUUGGGGUCAAACUGCGACCUCGUCAGAAGCGACUUGGUAUACUAUGACACAGCAGGUGGUGGUGCGGUGUUCUCGGUUGGCAGUAUCAACUGGUUCUGUAGUCUCGCUUGGGACAACUACAAGAAUAAUGUAGCUAAAAUGACUGAAAAUGUGUUAAGAGAGUUCGUGAAGAGAGGGCGAGGCCACGGUCUUUGA